AUGACAUUGCCGUGGCUCGUUGACCAGUUGGGCAGUGGCGGCUACCGGCAACGGCCUGCCAGACGGGAGGACAGCGAGAAGGAUGCAAUGGGCGUGGUGAGCUUGGACGGUGAGUUCAUAUUCUCCAUGCAGACGAAAGUUGGGGCCUUGGAGACGGACCCGAGCCUGAUGAAGGCUGGCGAGGAAGCGGAUCUAGCACCAUGUGCCACCGUGAUACCGGCCAAGCCCGGGAGGGAUGGGCAAUCCCAGCUGACCAGAGGCAGCUUGCCUCAGGAGAUCAUUGAGCGGUCGGCUGUCUUGUAG